ACAGCGCUGGUCACCGGGCUGGCUGGGCGAGGUGGCCAGGCAGAGCCAGGGGGCUGCCAGGGGAGGCGAUUGAAUGGGGAAUGUUCAUAGUGGUUGCCAAGAAUCUCAUGCAUCCCACUCACCCAGAGCCUGCAAUGGAUUGGGACCAGUGCCUGUUUCUUGAGUGUGUGCCUUUAUUUCUCUUCUCUGGUCCCGGCCUAAUUCUCCCGUAUACAUGGUGAGGGGUGGCAGCGGGGUCCACCAAGAUGGUGGAGGAUGUCAGGAGAGAGGGGACAGUGGGAGGGGCUCACCUCUGUCCUGCUGCUGCUCUCCUGUGCAGCCUUGAAUUUUCCACCUGAAAUCUUGGGCCUGCAACAUGCCUUUGCCCUGAAUGCCCCUGUCACAGCUGACCCAGGAUGUCCCCUGCACCCCAUACUGCACCUGCAACCUCCAUUCCCAGGGAAUGUUCCCCAUCUCAUUACUGGAGUCAUGGGUGGACCCUCAGGUAGAAGUGACCACAGCAUGUAGCCUUAAAGCCCUACUCAGGGAGAGAAAGAGAGAUGUGGGCUAUCCCACCUCAGCCAAGCAGGCCAUGGCCUGGAGGAGAGCAAGUGGAAGGUCUCUGCAGUCCUGCCCCUUGUAGGCAAUGCUCACUGAUUGAUAACCUUCUGCCAAGCCCUCCCUACUCUAGAAGAGCAGGGGACCCGUGGGCUUGUAGCUCCCAGUUCUAUGGGCCCCACACCAGCCCUCUCUUGAGGUUGGUGCUUGGUAACAUGUUGCUUCAGCCCUUGUAAGGGGCAGGUACCCUGGGCAGGAGGAGGAAGCAGAGUAGUCCUAAGGGCGGGGGAGGGGAGGUGCAGAGGUAGGGGAGUGAUGAGAGGGCCAGAGGAGUGUGCCUCCCAUCCCUGGCUCCCUUCUUUCUUGACUGCCCCAAGAACUCUUGAUUCAGAAUGCAAUUCUGUCUGUUCUUUUACCAGCUGUCAGCCAUUGCCCUGCUCUGUGGGCCUUUGGGGACUCUUGAGACCAGAUGGGACUCCUCAGCUCGUGAGGCGAACACCUGCGGAUCUGUCCCCAGGGCUACACCUGCUGCACCAGUGAGAUGGAGGAGAACCUAGCCAACCAUAGCCGAAUGGAGCUAGAGACUGCCCUCCAUGACAGCAGCCGCGCCCUGCAGGCCACGCUGGCCACCCAGCUGCAUGGCAUCGACGACCACUUCCAGCGCCUGCUGAAUGACUCGGAGCGCACGCUGCAGGAUGCCUUCCCAGGGGCCUUUGGGGACCUGUACACGCAGAACACUCGGGCCUUCCGGGACCUGUAUGCCGAGCUGCGCCUCUACUACCGCGGCGCCAACCUGCACCUGGAGGAGACCCUGGCCGAGUUCUGGGCCCGGCUGCUGGAGCGCCUCUUCAAGCAGCUGCACCCGCAGCUGCUGCUGCCCGAUGACUACCUGGACUGCCUGGGCAAGCAGGCAGAGGCCCUACGGCCUUUUGGGGAUGCCCCGCGGGAAUUGCGCCUGCGGGCCACCCGUGCUUUUGUGGCGGCACGCUCCUUCGUGCAGGGCCUGGGUGUGGCCAGUGAUGUAGUCCGGAAGGUGGCCCAGGUACCUCUGGCCCCAGAAUGUUCUCGGGCCGUCAUGAAGCUGGUGUACUGUGCUCACUGCCGGGGAGUCCCUGGUGCCCGGCCCUGCCCCGACUAUUGCCGAAAUGUGCUCAAAGGCUGCCUUGCCAACCAGGCCGACCUGGAUGCUGAAUGGAGGAACCUCCUGGACUCCAUGGUGCUCAUCACUGACAAGUUCUGGGGCCCAUCGGGUGCGGAGAAUGUCAUUGGCAGUGUGCACAUGUGGCUGGCGGACGCCAUCAACGCUCUCCAGGACAACAAGGACACACUCACAGCCAAGGUCAUCCAGGGCUGUGGAAACCCCAAGGUCACUGGGUCUGAGGAGAAGCGUCGCCGUGGCAAACUAGCACUGCAAGAGAAGACCCCCACAGGUACUCUGGAAAAGCUGGUCUCUGAGGCCAAGGCCCAGCUCCGAGACAUUCAGGACUUCUGGAUCAGCCUCCCAGGGACACUGUGCAGCGAGAAGAUGGCCAUGAGCCCUGCCAGUGAUGACCGCUGCUGGAACGGAAUAUCCAAGGGCCGGUACCUACCUGAGGUGAUGGGUGAUGGACUGGCCAAUCAGAUCAACAACCCUGAAGUGGAAGUGGACAUCACCAAGCCUGACAUGACCAUCCGGCAGCAGAUCAUGCAACUCAAGAUCAUGACCAACCGUCUACGUGGCGCCUACGGUGGCAAUGACGUGGACUUCCAGGAUGCUAGUGAUGAUGGUAGCGGCUCAGGCAGUGGUGGCGGCUGCCCAGAUGACACCUGUGGCCGGAGGGUCAGCAAGAAGAGCUCCAGCUCCCGGACCCCCUUGACCCAUGCUCUCCCUGGCCUGUCAGAACAGGAAGGACAGAAGACCUCAGCCGCCAGCUGCCCAGAGCCCCACAGCUUCUCCCUGCUCUUCCUUGUCACCUUGGUCCUUGCAGCAGUCGGACCCAGGUGGCGGUAACUAUCCCCUAGCCCCAAGGACUGUCUUGGCCAAAACAUGCAACAGACAAUAUUUAAUUCCCUUGGCCGUCGAGGCUCAGGGCAGGAUGAGGAGACAGUAGCUCUGAGUACUGGGGCGGGGUGCAUGGGGUGCCGGCCUGCUGGGUCUGACCGCACCUGUCACCCUAGCUUUUAAUUUCAUAUCAGGUCAGCUGUGAGCCAUUGUCCCCAAAAGCCAUGUAUUUCAGGGACCUCAGGGGCACCUCUGGCUGCACACUCUCCCUUACCCUCCUGCACCACCCCGGAAGCUCAUGAGGCCAACCAGAAGGGUGGCUGUUAGCUGCAACCCAUCGGAGACCUCAAGUGAGCGUGUGCCUUCCUUUCCCGCCUCUUCCCACUGGGGACGCCCCACCAGACCCCACGGGCCACAGAUGUCAGAAACUGAGGCCCAUCCCGCAGCUCCCCAGGAAGCCUGCAAGGGCUGCCAGUACGUUGCUGUCCAGGCUCUGGCAGGGCCUUCAAGUUUAUGCAUGAUACCCUCUGCUCAGAAGAAACUCUGCAGCCAGGAUUCUCAUACACACCAGGCCUGGACCCUGUGCCACUGUGGAGCCCAGUGAAAGUGGUCCUCAGAGAAGACCCGCUGUGGGUGUCCUUGAGUGUGGCUUAGGUGAAGUGACAGCUGGCAUGGCUACAUUAGACUCAACUCUGCCACGCUGCUUGAGGGUGUGUUCUGUUCCCUCACAUGGGCUCACAAAGUCCGGCCUUGGGCGGGGGGUCGGUGAGGAACCUCACUUCAGGGGAAUAGCCGGCCACGUCUAGCCUCCCAACCCACUUAUAAAGGUCCCCUGGCCACAGGGGUGCUGGGUGACUGGUGAAACUUCAGCUCAGGGUCAAUGGGACCUGGUACUGCAGGUCGGGAGGAUACCUGGGCCCCUUCCUGACCAAGGCAGCCCUGCAGAAGCUGGGGGAGCAUUGACAGUCAAGGGCUUUUACAGACAUGCACAUUCAGACCCUCGGUGUCCUUGUCCACUGAGCGCUACAUCUCAGUCUUCCUUGACGGCACUGGAGAGGCUCAGGGCACCAUUUGCAUCCUGGUACCCUCCUGUGGGCCUUGAGACCUGGGGAGCACCUAGCUUACUGAGGCUGUCACAGCUCCUUCCCUUCCAGGGCCUUAGGGGUGCUGAGCUGCUAUAGCCUGGAAGACCUUGGUCCUGAUAUGCAGAAGGCCUGGAAAAGGCUGCUUGCUUACCACCUUUUUUUUUUUUUUUUUUUUUUUGCUUUUCGUUACUGGGGUUAGGGAGGCUACUGCCAGCACCAAGGUCUGCCCAGUAGUCAGGUCCCCUGGCCCAGGAUGACAGGAUGGGUAUUCUCUGCAGUUGGUCCAUGGAUUUGUGGGUCCUUGCCCUGAGUGUACCUAUCCUGCCACACAGCUCUGCUACUGCCACUCAGGCAGGGGUGGCAGGAGCCAGAGCUGGGCUCCAGGAUGUGAGUGCCUACGUGUCAGGACAGCAGCACCCAGGAUGGACAGGACAGCCAGGAUGGUGGCCAAGCUACUGUGUCCUUCCUCCAUGAGGCUCCGUGUCACUCAGUGCCAGUGGGUAACAUGUGUUCUUUGAGUCCUUGUAUGAAUUAAAGGCUGGAGACCUACAGUGGACAUGACUUUA